CUCGGCUUGUAAUAAAAUUGUUGCUCCGAUUUCUCUUCUCCUCGUUUUGUUUGAUUGAUUUUCGUUUGUGCAAAUAGCGUGGUACGAUUAAUUAUUAUUUAUGACAGUGUCCGUUAUUACAGUUUAACUUAAUAAUGUCGUCGGAUUUUUAUAUUCGUUACUACGUAGGCCACAAAGGCAAAUUUGGUCAUGAAUUUUUAGAAUUUGAGUUCCGCCCUGAUGGCAAAUUGCGGUAUGCAAAUAAUUCCAACUACAAAAAUGAUACAAUGAUUCGCAAAGAAGCCUAUGUACAUCCUUGUGUAAUGGAAGAGCUGAAGAGAAUUAUUGUGGACUCAGAAAUUAUGCACGAAGAUGACCGUUUGUGGCCACAACCAGACAGAGUGGGAAGACAGGAAUUGGAAAUAGUUAUAGGUGAAGAACACAUUUCCUUUACUACAUCUAAAACUGGAUCACUAGUGGAUGUGAAUCAGUCUCGUGAUCCUGAAGGACUCCGUGGUUUUUACUACUUAGUGCAAGAUCUCAAAUGCCUGGUAUUUUCUCUCAUUGGCCUUCACUUUAAGAUCAAACCAAUAUAAGUCUAAUAUAAACUAAGUGAAAUAAAACUUUUCAAUAA